AUGGAAAUUGGACCUUGGUUCGGUUGCGCGGAGAGGUGUUUCGCGAUCGGUGCGCCGCGGUCUCAGUGGGCGCGGGGCGCGCGGGCGGACGGCAUCGCGGCGAGGGCGGGCGGCGACUGGGCGGGCGGCGCGUCGGCCGCGCGCGGCGCACUGCCGCCGCCGCCGCCGCGACGCCGCCCCGCGCCCCUCGCGCCCCCACCCCGCGCGCCCCCCACAAACUUUCUCGCGGCCCCGGCCCUAGGCUGGCCUAUGCACUCUGGCCCUUCAGAUGCCCUA